GAAUUGCCGCUUCUAGAUGACGAAGUCUAUGUUGCCUCUCUCUUGGUGAUUGCUAUAUCUUCGUGGCCGACAGGUGAUACUGUGAUCAUCCACGUUACUCGUUGCACCACUGUCAAGUCCGCAUCCCGAUCAUUUCGGUCUUUGUAAUCUGCAUUGAUGUUAUUUGGCGAUAUUCAAAGCUGUCGACCUUGGAGAGCCUGACGAGCAGAAGUCGACAUCAUCGGAGCUGGGUUCUUGAUCAUGCAGCAAUCGAAGUGAUCAGAUAUCACAGUUUCAAUCAUGGCCGACUGGAUAACACCCGCCGACCCGGAUCGGGAGUACAACUUGAUCUCCCAGCUUGAGUUGCGAAUCGCUUCGGCAUCUACAGAUGAGAAGUUCGAGUUGGUACUACAAAAGUUCCUUCCAGCGCUUCUGCUCAAACUUGCAACUUCUGUGCCGAAGAACCGAGAACUAGCUACGAAAGUAUGCACUUAUGUCUAUCAACGGCUGAAAAUCAAUUCCCAGAUUCAAUUGCCAGUUGCAGCAGUGGUCAAGACAUACUCAGAAGCUAGGAUUGCAGGCGUCGUACAAUUCGGCCUCUUAUUCAUGACCUUGGGCCUACCACGAUUGAAGCCUGAGCAAGCCACCGAGGCCCUACCCUCGGUCUUGCGAUCUGUCAUACCGAAGCACAAUGAGUAUGAUAGUGAUCAGCGAAAGGCAUGGGCUCUUGUGUUCAAUUACUUCCUCGACGUCCUCCGGAAAUGGAAAGUACCUGAGCGAGGAAGCCCGGAUGAACAGGCCUUGAAAGACGAUUUUGCUCUCACGCAGGUCCAGACAGACCAUCUCGCCUGGAGAAUAGGCGAUUGGAUCCUUCACGAUCCUAGGAAUCCCUCAAACCCUGGCAGUGCAGACUUUCAAGCGGUAUAUGACACGAAUUACAAACGACGAUCCGAAGUUAUUCCCCCUCUCGCAAAGUUUCUGUUCACUUCGAUCUUCAAUGACCAGCAACGCUUUAUUCCUACUGUCAUCAUGUCUGUUGAUGCUAACGCCUCUGCGGCCAGCAUGAGCGACGUCAUGUUCAAACAAUGCGACUUCGACCUAGAAGAUGAGCAGAACGUUGAAGCGCUCUUUGCCCUCCACGACGGUGCCCCGACAAAGCUGCGGACCAGAAUCCUGACGCUUCUGUCCCGAAGCCAAAAAUCUACGAAGCGUCCAAAGAAAGUCAUGGAUCUUGUUCGGCAAGAGCUCGAUCCCUUGAGACUCAACAACGGAUCAGCGCCCAGCGCCCUCGAGAAAUCUAAGCUUCACGCGGCUUUGUUCUCCUACUUGAUGUGGGUGGUACGUGUGGGCCCGCAACUCGGCGACAUGGGCAUUGAAAUACAAAAUCUGAUGAAAGAAUACGUGGAAUCACAAGGUUGGCCAGUUAUGCAAGAUCGCUCAUCGGCGGCGGAGAUCGAGCUCCGUGGCAAAGCCUAUGAGAGUAUUGGACUGCUGGCUGUCAAGAAGGAAACGCCCAAGGACGAAGAAGCCAACAAGCGCACACUUGACCUCAUCACAUGGUUGUUUGCGAGCUUGGGUUGCGACACGACUAAUGGCAUCAGAAGCAGCAUCGAAGAGUCCAUCGGCCGCAUCAUGAACACAGUCUCCAGCCUCGACCAAUCUUCCCUUAUUCGUCUGAAAGACCUUCUUCUUUGGAAUGUGCUGGCCGCACCUGGACAGGAGGAUCCAACAUACUACUUCACGAUUGUCAACAGCACGAAGUACCCUGCUGUCAGAUUCGCGAACAAGUGUCUGCCUUUCAGUGAUGUCGACGCACGACUCAUGGACGUCGUGGCUCUGGCCACGUCAGACAGGCGAGAAAUCGCAGAGGAAGGUCAUCGGGGCCUCGAUCCGUACUGGCACGCAUCGAAUACACGGCUGAUCAGCGGGUUGUCCGACGAGGAGCAGCUGGCAUUACCUGCUUACCAAGACUUGGUCGAGCGAUUCUUCAAGGCACCAGCAGAUCAGAUGAAAUGCUAUGACAAUCCGUCAGUUCUGGCCGCGGCCGUGACGUUCUGUCGGAAUGUCCUUGUCUGCGAUGCACUGAAAGAUACAGCACACCGGCCUCAGGAGUCGACAGACUGGAAGCGGAGCAUUGAUGCUCUGGUUAGCAACGAUAAACAUGCAAGACAGAAGAUUCGAGGUCAUCUUCAAAAUAUGGACACGGAGGUCCAAAUCCUCUUACUUCAAGCAGCACUAGCUGGAGCAUCCAAGAGCUCUGCAGAGUGUUGGGAGAUUGCGUUGGAGUUGUUGUCUUUGACCUCGAACCAUGUCCUGCCUCAAGUGCGCGAAAUAGGUCUGGCUGCCGCAUCCAGUGUGGCCUCGAAACCGGGGUUGCAGCUUCGAGCCGCUCGAGUCUUUGGAAUCAUCGCCUCCGCCACCGACGACGCGGAGCCACUUGCCGCCUCUGAGCUGGAGCAAUGUCAGGCAUGGAAAUCAUCAGUGGGCGAACAAGCCAACAGGAUUCAAGGACAUAUCUUACGAGCUUGUUUCUGCUCGACGAGAAAGUCGCUAAGAGAGAAAACGACCGAGUCAAGUUCCAGUCUGCUACACCUCACACGGCUUGUAUGUGACAUCAUUGAAUCAUCACCAGACAAGUCUCUAAAGGACACCGCAUAUCGAUGCCUGCGUCAACUUGCUCUGUGCAGUCCUUCUUCGAAUAAAUUGCCAACAGAUAAUGAACUGCUCAAUCCCCUGAUAGCUGAUGCGAAAAAGGAAAGCGAAAUCGCCAUCUCCGCUCUCGGACCGCUGCUAGGAAUUUUGCAUACCAAAGUGUCAACCUCCGAUUUUGAAGCAUUAUUCAAUCGCGUUCUUGCACUUCAUGAGGUCAAACGUGCAGAGUUCCACUUUGCGCUCGGAGAGUCGCUUGCCGUGGCAUGCUCUGGUUUCAGCUCAUCGUCAACGAUGACGGAAUUUGACCUCGAUGCAGACCUGCCAAGUUGGGGACCAAAUGAAGAGCUGAUGGCCAUGAUCAUGGACCGAGUAGUUGAGAACUGCAAGACCACUAAACCAGCCCUGAAAAAGGCAGCGGCGAUAUGGCUCCUAUGUCUGAUCCAAUAUUGUGGCGAAGCGGCGCCGAUAAAAACAAAGCUGCGCGAAUGCCAAGCUACAUUUGCUCGACUUCUCAAUGACAGGGACGAGAUUGUGCAAGAGACCGGCUCGAGAGGUCUCAGUCUCGUCUACGAACGCGGCGAUAAGCAGCUCCGAGACGAUCUCGUCCGAGAUCUGGUGCAGACGUUUACUGGCAGCAAUGCUAAAAUGUCCGGCACGGUCAACGAUGAUACGCAAUUGUUUGAGGCAGGCGCCCUGCCGACUGAGAAAGGGGAAUCUGUCACGACAUACAAGGAUAUCGUGCGUCUUGCCACAGAAAUGGGGGAUCCAAGUCUAGUGUACAAGUUUAUGAAUUUGGCGUCAAACAAUGCCAUCUGGUCCAGUCGCGCGGCGUUUGGUAGGUUUGGACUCGGCAACAUCCUGGCUGAAUCAAGUUACCUGGCCGAGAACAAGAAGUUCUAUCCAAAGCUGUUUCGGUACCGAUUUGACCCGAACCCAAAUGUCCAGCGGUCGAUGAACGAGAUCUGGCGGGCGUUGGUCAAAGAUCCUAGCGCUGUCAUCAAUGAUAAUUUCAACCUUAUCAUGGAAGAUUUGUUGAAGAGCAUCGUGUCUGGCAAAGAAUGGCGUUCCAGAGAGGCUAGCUGUGCUGCAAUAGCUGACCUCGUGCAAGGUCGAGAAAUCGAAAGACUUGAAAAGUACCUUGACGACAUCUGGAAGGUGGCGUUCAAAGUUCUGGACGAUGUCAAGGAAACUGUUCGCCUAGCUGCGAUGAAGUUAUGCAAAACGCUCACGAGUAUGUUGAUCCGCAAUCUUGAAGUGGGAGAUGGAAACACCAAGCGCUCCGCGACGAUGCUCGAUCACGCCAUGCCUUUCCUGAUACAGCAGAUGGAUGGCGGAGCAGGACAAGAUGUUCAGCAGUAUGCCAUCGUGACACUAUUGGAGAUUGUCAAGAAGUGUCCGCCCAAGGCUCUGCGUUCGUAUGCACCGCAAAUUUUGGAGACACUUGUGGUCUCGCUCAGCUCCCUCGAGCACGAAAGUAUCAAUUAUUUGCAUCUGAACGCGGACAAGUAUGGCUUGACAACGGAAAAGCUUGACAAGAUGAGAGUGUCGAGCAUCAACGCCUCGCCCGUCACAGAAGCAAUCGAGCGGUGUCUAGAGAGUAUCACAAUGCGGGUGGAAGCUCCCGAGCCGGCGCCAGACGCCAUGGAGGGAGUAGUGUCGAUGUCAAAAGCAAGCGCGAGCCCGUCACCAAUGGACGACGCCAUGCAAAGACUUGUUAAUGCUUACCGAGCAGCAAUAGGGCUGCCAUCCAAAGUCGGCCUCAGCAGAGUAAUGAUCACUCUCGUUGUCCGCCACCCGACUGCGUUUCGGCCAUAUGCAGACAAGUUCAUCCAACUGACGCGAAAGCACAUUCUUGAUCGAAACGCCACUAUCAGUGUGGCGUUCAGCACCUCCCUGGGAUACCUCAUGAGGUUGGCCUCGGAAAAGGAGAUUCAUGCCACCAGCGAGUACGCUCAGAAGCUGUACUUCGAGUCACAGGAACUAGUGCACCGGUCUGUGGCGGGCGAGAUCAUUCAAGCGAUCUCUAAAGCAGCCAACGAUGUCUUCAUGAAUUCAGCUACGCUCUUCCUUCCCUUUGCCUUUAUUGGCCGUCAAGACACCGACAAAGAGGUGAGAGAACGAUUUGAUAUUCCGUGGAAAGAGAACAUUGGCGGCGCCCGUUCGAUCAACCUGUAUUUGAUCGAGAUAGUGAGCCUGAUUUCAGCACACAUCAAGUCUCCACUCUGGCCUAUCAAACAUGCAUGCUGCUUCGCUGUUGCCUCUGUGGUGUCUUCGAUGGAAUCCAUUGAGAAGUACUCCCACCAAACUGCUGAGCUUGUUUGGGGGUUGGUCCAGGACGCACUAGACGGUAAGACCUGGGCAGGAAAAGAAAAAAUCAUCGAGGUGUACCCGAAGUUCGUACAGCAAGCGCAGUCACUGUGGAAUGACGGCAAAGUGAGCCAGCAAAUGAAGAAGAUUGCAAUUCGCGAAGCCAAACGCACCAAUAUCGCGUACCGACCGUAUGCCAUUGAGUCGCUGGGGGACUUUGCCUUCGUUCGAAAGGAUUUGGAUUUAGCCGUCGAGAUGGUGCCAUAUCUGGCGGACACCCUGAACGAGCUAACGGACGAGGAUGCGAUGGACGUUGACGAAACUAGCGGCAAGACCUUCGAAAACAGAACGGUCGCUGAAGCCAGCGCAAGCGCCAUUGUUUCGUGCCUGUUCAAGAUCCUCGCAUCGCAGCCCAAUGUCGAGGUUCUGGACCAUGCUACCGAAAUCAUACACAAAGCUCAAGCCAUGCGAUCAAGCAUCGUCGAUUUGGCGAUGUACGAAAAAGCAAAAUUUUUCGUUGUGAAAUGGCCGAGCCAGCAAAAGAUUGAUGGUGUUGACAUUGAAAUGAAAGGCUUUCAGAAGGAGAAGGAAAAUGAAAAUGCCUCAGCCACACUAGCCUCAAAUUGCGCACCAGCCUCAGCAGGGAAUGAAAAUGAUCCGGAAGUGGCCGCCAAUCAGGUUGGUGAGGUUGCGUCCAGGGGUGCUUAUGAGCGAUUUGAGGCGCUGAUCUUAACGGUGCUCUCCGCCGAUGAUGGUCGCCAAGUCUCCGAGACGGAAAAUCUGCGCAAAGAACGUGUGGCUUUGGCCCUUGCCUUAGCUGGAAGAGGCAGCCGGCUAUCUGCACCGUUAGCGGCGAUCCUGGACGCUUGGUCUCAGACAGAACGGUCCAGGCCUUUACGUGAAGACAUCGAGCGUGCUCGGCUGUUGACUCAGGGACGUGUCUAACUCCGCACGCAAGCUAGGGAAUGGAGGAAUUUUCCCUCAAACGAGCGGUGAGGAAUGUAUCUGUCUGUGCAGGUUUUACGAGUAGAUGGUGCUCGCGAGACAGUGGGCACCUGGACAGACCUCGCCACGCUGGCCGUGACUUGCCGUGCUUGCUUAGAACGAGAGGUGCAGGUUGACAGCUGUAGGGCUGCAGCAAGUGGUGCACCGAUUGACGCUUUAAGUCCUGGCAACGAUAAUUUCCCGAAGUCUAGAGACUCCCAGUUCAACGGACACUCUUCCUGUUGGUGCGGUGUGCAGCGGUGUGUCACUGACGAUCAUUGAAACGGACACUGACGGAUUGGAUGUGGUCAUUUAGCCUGCGCUAUCCGGCAGGACUUUCAGGCGGCAUUGAGACAGUCAGACCAUGGCCACUUAUUUGUGGAGGAUGUUCUUAUCCGGUAUGGAGUGACCCUGCAGGGUCUGCGCAACAUCGAGGGCCUCGUGUUUUUGAUGAAUCCCCACAAAAGCCAAUCUCGAACCUCGAAAUGCAUGAAGUUUUCAGCUCGGCUAGGGUAGGGUCGCCAGGCUCGAUGAGUUUCAAUCGCCGCUGUUCAAAAGGAGACUUGAAGUGACCACGCGUGAGAGCGCACGACAAAGCCUUUGCGCGGUUCCACUCUUCCGCCCGGCCCAGGGAUGUAGGAGCAGAGACAACGCUGGAUAAGGAGACCGUUCUCGGAUCUCGAAAACGUGGCUUUCUGCUGUGGGGUUGUGCAUGACGAUCUGGGAGCAGGAAGGUUCCGACGGCAGGCAUCUGAAGGAGCAAAGAAUAAUACUAUGUAAUAGGGGACUACUGACCAAGAGCCAACGCUGGUCGAGGAGACCAGGGUGAAAGGCGCAGGGAUGGUGGCAUGAAAGGAUGGUGUGUGCGGAACAGAGACGCAGAGACAACUGAGAGAGUCUGAGACUAGGCAAAUGAAGUGGCCAAAUAGUGGAGUUCGGCUGUUUCCUCGGCCAAACAGAUUUUCCGUUCCCGAAGGCCCUUUUCGAGGCCGGACCUUUCAGCGUCCCCGUUGUUCUUCUUCUACCAUACCAAACCCUCCCUGGUAGAUACUAAGGAGAAUUCAUG